AUGUCCGACACCGAAGAGCGAGCCGACAGGCCUUCUGAGCCCUCGACCAACCCUGCCUGUGACCAAUGCAGGGCCAGGAAAGUGCGUUGCGAUCGACGACGUCCCGAGUGCUCCAACUGCAGCAAAUCUGGCGUGUGCUGCGGCUUCACCAACCAGUCGAAACGGGUCAAUCAUAUCAAGCAGCUGCUCAGCGACUUCUCGUCGGUUACGUCACGCCUGGAAUCCAUCGAAACUGCCAUCGGAAAUCUCUCGCACCAGCUGGUGACCAUCAGCCAGCCCAGCUCGAGCUCGCGCUCGUCGAGAAGCGGCUCCCGCUCCUCCUCCGUGUCUGGCAGAGAGACGCUGCGCAAUUUUCUCGAGGAGUGUCAGAUGGAAGAAGCCGACACCAUCGGCGAUGACCCUGCAGAGUUCAUCCACCAGGGAAAUGCAUGCUGCGGGUGCGAACAGUUUUUUGGGGAAACCUCUGCGCAUUCCCAGUUCAAAUCGGCCAGGGAGCGCGUGGAACAGCUGCUGCGGGCCGACAACCAAGACGGCGGGACAUCUCCUCUGCUGCGAUUUGUCAGCGAGCGGCCUGCCUUGCUGCCUGAUCUCCAAUGCGCGUAUGAAGCCUUUCCCACCGUGGAUGAAUGCCACAGGCCCUUUUCCACCAUGAUAGCCAUGAACGGAGCGAACGGCAGGCCGAUCGCACUACCCCCGAAAAGUUUCCUUCUCUCAGCCCUCGACAUUUUUCUGUCAGAGAUCAACGUUUACAACCCAAUUUUCGAAGAGUCCAGCCUACGAGAAGCCGUGGAACUAAGAUAUUCGAUGCCCCCACUAGACCCAGACCCAGAUCGCGAAGCCUGGAGCCUUUCUUUCAACAACAUAAUUCUUUUGGCCAUGUGCCACAGUGCCCGACUCACUCACAACGCUCUAGGAGAUUUCCAGGGCAUCGAGCAUGACUUACUCCAGUCAUUUCUGAGAAAUACUUGCAGAGCGUUCUACAGCCUCGAACGCCUCUCCAGUCCUCGAUUUGUGAACAUCCAGGCCCUUGCCACACUCGCUCUGGUUGGCCGAGAUUGCUUCGAAGGUUGCUUUUUCUCCCAGAUGCUGCCCAGGGUGUUUCAAAUCCUUCGAUCCACUGGGCUCCACAGGGCCCAGGCCCACAAAAGCAUUGUCGGGGCUUCUUCCGAAGAACGGCGGAUGCUGUACUGGACGCUUUACCGGCUGGAUAAGCAACGAUGUUUCCUCAAGGGGCAACCCUGUGACCUCUACAGCUUCGAUACCGACAUACCCAUGACCAACUCGGAAAUAGACACCCCGGAAUCCCGCUACCUGUUUGCCAUGAACAGUCUCAUGGUGGUCUGGGAGAAAAUCUACCUGCUUCUAUAUUCUCCUCAAGUCAAGAAACGAAGACGACGGGACGUGGAUCAGCAGGUGUGGGAGUUGCGGUCGGCGCUCAAGUCUUGGUGCCGGCGGCACAGCGACUUGUUGGAGAAGCCAGAAUCCGACGGGUCUUAUAUCUUCUUCAGAGCGGAGCUGAGUUUCUGCUUCGCCAUGAGCUCGCUUCUGAUCCACCGAUGCAUCGAUUCUGCCGCCAGCCGGCAGAAGUGCUUGGAAUCAGCACAGACCGCUCUGAGAGUCAUCACGAAUAUCCACAAAGCCCAACCCAGAUCCGGUAGCAUUGCUUUCUUAGCGAGAAUUUUCCAACAAUACCCCGCCUUACCUUUCCUCGAAGUCUACCACAACAUUCUCUACAACCCCACCCCAGAGCGAUUAUCGCAAGUAAACCUCCUCUCCUCAGCCGUGCAGGCCGUCGGCGAUCUCGUGAACCCGAACUUCCCCCGCGUUUUCUGCGCACUCCUUUACGCCCGCAUGACCUGGUGCGUCGACUUGCUCGAGAUCUUUAGGUCAUCAGUCUGCAGCCCGCCGCAUGCAUCGCGAAAAGGGUCUGUGGCGAGUUCUGCGCUUCCCUCGCGGAGCGGAUCCGUUGGCAAUUUGAAUGAUUUCAAUUUGGCUGCUCUCGACACUGCAUCGGACAGCGCCUUCUUCGGGAUUGAUGAUAUGAUGGACAAAGUGCAAACAUCAGAUCAAGUCCAUGGUUUUGAUGACAUGUUUGGUCCUGAUGGCCUCACUAUAGGUUCCGGCUUCCCUGAGGCCCAAAUCCCAGUCGACCCGGUCCUGGAAAAGGGCUCCGAUUUCUUUAAGUUAAACAUGGACGUCGAUGACUCUCUUUGGAGUAUGAGCAUAUAG